AUGGCUUGGUCGCGCGUCCGCGACCAUCCCAGAGGUGCCUCUUUCGCAAUCGUCCGUAGACACGAGACGCCCAAUGAUCGAGUCUAUCUCUUCGUGCCGUACAAAACAGGCCACCACAUUGGGCGUGCGCCAGGCGUCGUCCAUUCCCAUCCUACCGACGAUUUCAAGGGCUUGAAGCACGGACAUCCCACCAUGGAGUUCGAAGAUGCCAUCUUCGAUUGCUAUGCUUUCCACAAGCGCAACGAGCGGAAAGACGUCCCUCGCCGCCCUCCAGGCUUCCCAGGAGGCUUCCAAGAAGGUCCGAGGUGGGAGAGUGAUACCAGACGUACAGCCCGGCUGAAGGCGUACUAUGCGUACUUGCGAGAGCAGGACGCGAUUGAGGCGGAGCAAGCUGAACUCGAGGCCAUCCAGAAGGAACUCGAGACUUUAGCCGAGGAUCGUAGAAACGUCUCCUGCCGGGAGGCACAGCUUCGGAAGCUACUCGAAGCCAAGGAGGCAGGAUUGUACGGAGAGCAGUGGCGAGAUUCGGUGUGGCGAGAGCCGCCGCCGGUGGUUUACCGAAAGCAGCCGACUGUGCAGCGAGCACGAUCGAACCCAGGCGUUCGUAGUCGGCCAAGAUCUGCUCAUGCAGGCACGCGGGUGCCUCGGCACUGGACAGCCCUCGAGGAGACUCGGCUUCCAGGCGACCUAGUUCCCCGGCAGCUGCCAGAAUGGCAGGUGACGACCGGGCCGCACGGGCGGAUCGCCGACCUGUCGGGACCGGAUGCCUCGUUUUGGGCUGAGAUUCGCGAUCCGACCGUCCGCCUUCAGGUCAGCUGGAACCAUGGCCCGCCGGCACCUGGGAUGCAGACCGCGCCGACUGCCCAACCAGGAUCAGCGCCGGCGAUCAAGGAGGCAGCUUCCGGAGCGUCGGCGGCUCCGUCGUCCACUCCUGAGCCGAGGCAAGGAGAAGACGCUGUGCCGCCACCGCCACCGAAGGAGUUAUACCGCUGA